GGUAUCCCUCUUAAGGCUUGGUUUACUUAGCCGUAUGGGCGGAGAUGAAAGCAGGGUUCAUCAAGCAGCUAUAAAGUUCAGAAGGUGUGUUUUCCUGCAUCUCUGUUAUCUACUAGUGAUGAACCUUGCUUCCAUGUCCGCCCUUCCUUUCGAGCUGAAGCAAGAUAUUUUUGAAAAUGCGGCCAAUAGUGACCGUCGUUCGGCCUUGAGUCUGACCCCAGUUGCUCGGCGAGUACAGUUCUGGUGAGUCAAUUCACAAGGAAACGAAGACAAACGGUGUUAUGCGAUCACAGAGC